AUGCCCUCCUCGAAAUCGUUCAAUGCAGGCGAUAUUGAAGAGCCAGACGACAUUGCAGAGUUGUCCCGAUUUGACAGCUCGUCGGACCUCGACCUUUUCGACCUCGGUUCGACUGAAGCUCAGAUGAUGGAAGCCGGUACAUCACCUGUCAAAGACGCAUUGAUGCAUCGGGCAGAUGAUCAUUUCUUCGAACCUCACGAUAUCGAAUACCUGGCCGAGCUGGAACAUAGGAUGGAUGAGAUGAACGAGGGGGAUCAUCCGAACGUCAAGACGAGACAGGUUGAACCUCGAUUCAACGCUGCAUCGAUGUCUCAGAACUUGUACCAGAAGUUCCGGUCGGAAUCAUUCUCCAAGAAAGGAUCUCUGGAGAUGCAUUAUACCUACGGCUUGGGCCGGAAUGGUAAAUCGCUCCCGUCCAGGUUCGAUUGGCGACAACGGGCCACGUCCAGGACCAGAAAACAGUUCGGCAAAGAUAUCGUACAGCGUGUCAUGCCGGCGCUCGCAAAGAGCUCGAAGGAUAAUCGUUGGCGAGAUGCGAUCGAGGUGUAUAGCGAAAAGUUUCUUAACCUGCAGCGCAAAGAGUUCGAAUCCGAAACCCAGAUCGCAAGCAAUAGACUGAGCUCUACCCCGAAAUGGCAACUGGUACAACAAGGUUUCUGCAUAGCCGACGUCGCUGGUACGUGGGUGAAACAGACAAUGGGAGGAUUCCAGACCGCGAGCUUCGCUUUUCCCGGAAAGGGGAACAGGCGGUUCGUUUGGAACAGGUUGACAACCGGUUCGGCUGUGGGCUUGUCGCCAAACGAUGCCGACUUGUUUGUUCACAAAGAGGAUGCAUUAAGCAGUGAUGCGAGCGAGACGAGCGGACCUGGUCAAGGCCCCGCUUUCGUGGGGUCUAUCGUCAAACAAGAGCCGGGUCGCUUGACCGUCAUGUUCCCCAGGCAAGUUCCUGGUCUCGACGAUCCUCGAAAUCUGUGGAGACUGGAUCUAUGGGUAUCGGACAUCGUUUUGCGGCGGACAGAGGAGGCGUUUGCCACUUUGAAUAGCGACCCGGUCAUGAUCGAUUCUCAAAGCACAAGGAUGGCUGCAGAACAAAAGCGCCGCGAAAUCGAGCACUACGACGAGCAGCCGAUCAACAGGAGUUACACUAGAGAGACAAUCCUCUCGGGUACAGCCCUUCGGGACAUUUUGCUCAAGGAUUUCAGCCAACCGGGAAGAGCGGUUCCUUUUCGCAAAGAUCCGAGCCAUCCGCAACGACAAGGGAUGUUUUCCAAAGAUAUGCUCAUCAUGAGUUGGUGUCGGCGACAACUUCGACCCGGGGGCGUCCCUCUCGAGGUAGAAGGCGACCCCAACGUACGAUUGAACACCAGUCAGAGGAAAGCCAUCGCGAUGAUGCUCAGUGAGAGACUCAGCUUGAUUCAGGGGCCACCCGGUACCGGCAAAACCCGCACUAUCAUCGAAGCAUUGCAUCUCCUAAAAUCGCAUUGGCAGGUCUCUGUUCCAAUCUUAGUUACUGGAUACACAAAUACGGCCGUGGACAAUCUUGCGGAAGGCCUCACGAACCGAGGCCUGAAAGUGCUUCGUUAUGGUGCGAAGAUCCGGAUUCGCGAGAGCUUGUGGCCGAUCACACUGGAUGGUUACAUUGAGCGACACCCCAGCCAGAGAAACCUCAAUAGUCUCAAGCUCAAGACCUUCGCUGCGUCGCCAGGGAGCGACGAAAGAACAGCUCUGCAAAAAAAGUUGUUCGGUCUCGAGCGCCAUAUGAUGCAGGAAAUCGCUGCUGGGAUCGACGUUGUGUGUGCAACCUGCAUUUCCUCAGUGUCUCGCCUGUUACAGAUAUACGACUUUCCUGUGGUCUUCCUUGACGAGGCCAGCAUGGCCACAGAGGCAACUUCCAUCAUUCCGUUAACGAAAGGGUGUGCUCAUUUGGCAAUGAUCGGAGAUCACAAGCAGCUACCACCGGUAGUUAUCAGUCCCGAAGCCAAGAAUGGUGGCUUGUCCCGUAGUCUAUUCGAGCGGUUGAUCCAGCCCAAGAGCGCUAACAGCCUUUUGCCUACGAUCAUGCUGGACACGCAAUAUCGCAUGCAUCCUGCCAUAUCAGCCUUUCCAAUCGAGAAGUUCUACAACAACAGCCUCUCGGAUGGGACUGUCGAAAACGAUGGCACGUUGCGAUUUGGUCUCGAAAAAACGCUCGACACAGAGUUUCAGACGCUGGACAAGACCGGUGCUCCACACCGUAUGACGUUCAUCGACCAUGACGAGCCAGAGAUCCCUUAUAUGGGGAGUAUACAAAACCAAGGCGAGGCGAACAUCGUAUCGUCGAUAGUGUUGGACAUCUUGAUAAACAAUCCAGAUCUAGACGGUUCCGACAUUGGUGUGAUCGCUCCUUAUGCCGGUCAGAUUGGCGCUCUCGAGCGAAUUCUGCAUGAUCCGGAGCGUCUCGAGCAUUUGAGCCAUCUUCUGGACGGGGAUCGAAUGACUGCGCCGCUAGCCGUCGAGAUUAGCACAGUCGACGGCUUCGAAGGUCGAGAGAAGAAGAUCAUCAUCUUUUCGACGACUCGGUCAAAUCCCAGGCAUGCCAUUGGUUUCAUGGACGAUUGGCGCAGACUGAAUGUGGCCCUGACCCGGGCGCAGCGGUCUUUGAUCGUGGUUGGGAAUUAUCCCACCCUCUCGAACGCCAGGGGUUUUCACGGCAAUAGAACCAAAGGUCAUCUAUAUUGGGUCGAUCUCAUGAGGGCGCUCAAGAGGAAAGAUGCGAUCCUCUGGUCGGAAAGGAGAAGGACAACUCCGCCAUAAACAACGUUUAGCAUAUAUGCGUCACAUUUACAAAUCUACGAACGAAACCAGCAACGACAAGAAUACAGAAUAGAAACCCCUAGGAAUGCUUGUGUCCGGCGACCUUUCGACGAG